AUGGCGGCCACCGAGCAGACAUUACCUACUGAUCCCAAGUACGAUCAGUAUGAGUUCCCUACCACCGCCCCUGGCCAGGCUGCUGGCUCUGGCCACCCCGGCCACACCACUCCGGAGCAGGACGAGAAGGUCAUCAAGCUGCGUCAGGCCCUAGAGAAGGAGGGCUUCACCGAGCGAUUGGACACUCUCACCCUGCUGCGUUUCCUCCGUGCCCGCAAGUUCGACAUCGAGGCCGCGAAGACUAUGUUCGUCAAUUGCGAGAAGUGGCGUAAGGAAUUCGGCACCGAUGCUCUCCCCGCCACUUUCGACUACACGGAGAAGGCCGAUGUAUUCAAGUACUACCCCCAAUACUACCACAAGACCGACAAAGAUGGCCGUCCCGUCUACAUUGAGAAGCUCGGCAAGAUCGACCUCAACGCCAUGUACAAGAUCACCACCAGCGAGCGUAUGCUCCAGAACCUUGUCACCGAGUACGAGAAGCUGGCCGACCCCCGUCUCCCCGCCUGCUCCCGUAAGGCUGGCAAGCUCCUCGAGACUUGCUGCACCAUCAUGGAUCUGAAGGGUGUUGGUAUCACCAGCAUUUCUUCCGUCUACACCUACGUUCGCCAGGCCUCCGAGAUCUCCCAGAACUACUACCCUGAGCGUCUUGGCAAGUUGUACCUGAUCAACGCCCCCUGGGGCUUCAGCACUGCUUUCAGUGCCGUGAAGAGCUUCCUUGACCCCGUCACCGUUGAGAAGAUCCACGUUCUUGGCAGCGGUUACCAGAAGGAGCUGCUUGCUCAGGUUCCCAAGGAGAACCUGCCCGUCGAGUUUGGCGGUUCUUGCGCCUGUGAGGGUGGCUGUGAGCUCUCUGACAUGGGUCCUUGGCAGGAAUCCGAGUGGGCUUCCACUCCUGCUUGGGCUAAGAAGGAGGAGCCCGCUCCUGCUGCUCCUGCUCCUGCUGCUGAGGCUCCCGCUGCUGAGGCUGCCCCCGCUGUUGUUGAGGCCGAGGAGCCCGUCUCCGAGAAGAAGGAUGCUGAGACCCAGGAAGGCACUGCUGAGACUAGCGCUUAA